GCUUUCUGGAACGUGACUCUCCCUUUAGCGCUUCAGCUAAAGCAGAGCACAGCAGUCUGUACCAGUGUUACUUUUUCUACUGUUACGGCUUUGCGAUGGCUGCCGUGAAAGCUCUGAACCCCAAAGCAGAGGUGGCCAGGGCUCAGGCCGCUCUAGCGGUCAACAUAAGUGCCGCCCGCGGACUUCAGGAUGUGUUAAGAAGUAAUCUGGGACCGAAAGGGACCAUGAAAAUGUUGGUGUCUGGUGCAGGAGAUAUAAAGCUCACUAAAGAUGGUAAUGUCCUCUUACAUGAGAUGCAAAUUCAGCAUCCCACAGCAUCACUUAUUGCUAAGGUUGCUACAGCGCAAGAUGACAUUACAGGAGAUGGAACCACCUCCAAUGUCCUCAUCAUUGGUGAACUCUUGAAGCAGGCUGACCUCUAUGUGUCAGAGGGCCUUCAUCCGCGAAUUAUUGUUGAGGGAUUUGAAGCAGCUAAAGAGAAAGCCUUGGCUGUUUUGGAGGAGAUUAAAGUGACACAGAAAAUGGACAGAGAAACCCUCAUCAAUGUAGCACGCACCUCUCUUAGGACAAAAGUCCACACAGAGCUGGCAGACCUUCUCACUGAGGCUGUGGUAGAUGCUGUGUUGGCCAUAGCUAAACCUAAUGAGCCCAUCGACCUGUACAUGGUUGAAAUCAUGGAGAUGAAACAUAAGACUGACUGCGAUACACAUUUGAUCAGAGGUUUGGUGUUGGACCACGGUGCUCGCCAUCCAGACAUGAAGAAGAGGGUGGAGGAUGCCUACGUGCUGACAUGCAAUGUUUCUUUGGAGUAUGAAAAGACAGAGGUCAACUCCAGCUUUUUCUACAAAAGUGCUGAGGAAAGAGAGAAGCUUGUGGCAGCAGAAAGGAAGUUUAUUGAGGAUCGAGUGCAAAAGAUCGUUGCCUUGAAGAACAUGGUCUGUCCUAAUGGAGAGAAGGGUUUUGUUGUUAUUAAUCAGAAGGGUAUUGACCCACUCUCUCUGGAUGCCCUCGCCAAAGAAGGUAUCGUAGCACUGCGUAGAGCAAAGAGGCGAAAUAUGGAGAGACUCACCCUUGCUUGUGGCGGCAUUGCCAUGAAUUCGGUUGAUGGCCUCACACCUGAGUGCUUGGGAAAUGCUGGGUUGAUUUAUGAAUACACACUGGGAGAGGAGAAGUACACUUUCAUUGAGAAGUGUGUAAACCCUCGCUCUGUGACGCUGCUGCUGAAGGGACCCAACAAACACACCCUCACACAGAUCAAAGAUGCUGUCAGAGAUGGCUUGCGGGCAGUCAAGAAUGCUAUUGAAGAUGGUUGUGUUGUGUCGGGAGCAGGCGCAUUUGAGGUGGCUGUGGCAGAUGCUUUGGUAAAACACAAGCCUAAUGUGAAAGGGAGAGCCCAGCUUGGUGUCCAAGCAUAUGCAGAUGCACUCCUGGUCAUUCCUAAGGUUUUGGCCCAAAACUCUGGCUACGACCCACAGGAAACUCUUCUGAAGCUGCAGAUGGAGUACAAAGAGUCUGGCCAGCUGGUUGGAGUAGACCUCAGCACAGGGGAGCCCAUGGUGGCUGGAGAGGCUGGUGUGUGGGAUAACUACAGUGUCAAGAAACAGCUUCUUCAUUCAUGCACGGUGAUCGCCAGCAACAUCUUGUUGGUAGAUGAGAUCAUGCGAGCUGGAAUGUCUUCUCUUAAAGGUUAAAGGUCAACUAAAGAAGCUGCAGGUGUUCUCCUCACAGGGAUGGUUGUUAACCUGAUGUUUCAGUCAACGCUUUCCUGAUCUUGCACUCUGAAGCACCCCGGCCUGGUGACCAACCCAUUGUAACCUCUGGCAUCUAUCACAGUAUCUGUCAGAAACAUCUCUGGUAGUCAUGGGUUUGUCAACGUCUCCAUGAUGGGUUUAUUUAUGAGAUUCGUUUGAAGCACUGACCUCUGCUGAUCUGUCUGGUUUCUACCCAUUAAAUAUUUUUUUGGUUCU